UUUUUUCUGUUACAGGACUUCGUACUAUUGGCGUUAUCACAAAAUUAGACUUGAUGGAUGAAGGCACAGAUGCUAGGGAUAUACUUGAAAACAAACUUCUGCCUCUGCGUAGAGGUUACAUUGGUGUUGUCAAUCGCAGCCAGAAGGACAUUGAGGGACGUAAAGACAUUAAAGCUGCAAUAGCAGCAGAGAGGCGUUUCUUUCUUAGCCAUCCUGCUUACAGGCAUAUGGCAGAUCGUAUGGGCACACCUUAUUUGCAAAGAGUGUUGAACCAGCAGUUAACAAAUCAUAUUCGGGAUACUUUGCCAUCUUUAAGAGAGAAACUUGAAAAGCAAAAAAAUGCUUUGGAAAAGGAAGUAGAAGAGUAUAAACAUUUUUCAGCUGAUGAUCCUUCCAUAAAAACAAAAGCUAUGCUUAUGAUGAUUCAACAACUACAAACAGAUUUCGAACGAAAUAUUGAAGGCACUGGAUCAGCAUCCAUUGAUACACAUCAGCUGACUGGUGGUGCUAAAAUUAAUCGCUUGUUUCAUGAACGUUUUCCCUUUGAAAUUGUUAAGAUGGAGUUUGAUGAAAAGGAACUGAGGCGUGAGAUAGCAUUUGCUAUCAGAAAUAUUCAUGGUAUCAGGGUAGGUUUAUUCACUCCAGAUAUGGCAUUUGAAGCUAUUGUUAAAAAGCAAAUAUCUAAACUAAAAGAACCAUCACUAAAAUGUGUUGACUUGGUUGUUGGAGAAUUAGCCAAUGUUGUCAGGUCUUGUGCUACAAAAAUGAAUCGUUAUCCUAAUUUACGUGAUGAAAUUGAAAGGAUUAUUACUACACAUAUUAGAGAAUGUGAACAGAAGACAAAACAGCAGUUAAGUCUUUUGGUUGAGGUAGAGCUGGCUUAUAUGAAUACAAAUCAUGAGGACUUUAUUGGCUUCACAAACAUAGAACAUUAUAUUGGAGGUGCUCAAGUUAAUGCUGAAGCUAACACUGGGAAGAGAAAAUUAGGAAAUCAGGUUAUUCGGAAAGGCUGGAUGUGUAUUCAUAGCUUAGGUAUAAUGAAAGGAGGUUCUAGGGAUUAUUGGUUUGUUCUAACAUCAGAACUGCUUACGUGGUAUAAAGAUGAAGAGGAGAAAGAACGAAAGUACAUGCUUCCUUUAGAUGGUCUGAAAAUUAAAGAUAUUGAAGCUGGAUUUAUGUCUCGUAGGCAUACUUUUGCAUUAUUUAACCCUGACAGUAGGAAUGUAUUUAAGGACAAUAAACAGUUGGAGCUAUCAUGUGAGAGUCAAGAGGAAGUUGACAGUUGGAAAGCAUCAUUUUUAAGGGCUGGUGUAUAUCCAGAAAGGUCGUCAAAUCAGAAUGGCGAGAUUGAAGAAAAUGAUAGUACAACCUCAAUGGAUCCUCAAUUAGAACGUCAAGUUGAAACUAUCCGAAAUUUAGUUGAAUCCUACAUGAAGAUAAUAACAAAAACUUUUAGAGAUCUUGUUCCAAAAUUUAUAAUGCAUUUAACAAUAAAUAAUACUAAGAAUUUUAUUUAUACUGACCUCCUAGCAAAUUUAUAUGCUUCAUGUGAUCAGGCAACUCUUAUGGAAGAAUCUGCUGAAGAAUCUCGUAAAAGGGAAGAUAUUUUAAGAUUAUAUCAAGCUUGCAAGGAAGCAUUGUAUAUUAUUAGUGAUGUAUCCAUGAAAACAUCUUACCAGCCUUUACCACCACCUGUUAAAGAUGAUUGGGUGCCUCCUGAUUCUCCUGGUUCAACGAGAAGAAACACAUCUCGAGCACCUCCUCCUCCACCACUGGUGUCUAGAAAUGCACCAUCUCUACCUAGCAGGCCAGAAUCCAUAGGUCCUAAUCGACCACCUCCUGCUGCACCUCCUAGAGUUGUACCUGGAGGAUUGCCGCCUCCUCUCAUUCCAACGCGACCACAACCGCUCAUUCCACCUCGGAUACCAGACAGACCUCAGAUGGGACGUCUUAUUUGAAUACCAUGUAUAUAAAUGAAAGAUCUGAAUUAUUAGACAUCAUUCCUGCCACUGAUCUCUAUCGUGUAUAAAGAAAUAGUUUUGUGAAAGAAAUGAAUGCCUGUUUUAUUAUUGUUUUAUUAUUUUAAAAAUUGUGCAUUUUUUCCCCUUAUGCUAUUUUGUCAGCAAACAUUUUUCCUGCUUGUUUUUCUCGUGUCCCAUUUCUGGUUUUCUGAAGAUGACAACGAAAUUCCUGCCAUUUCAGGCUUUUACUUUCCUUUUGCAAGUAUUUAUGAUAAGAACAUCAAAAAUCAUGCCUCUCAUGUUACAAAAGAUUUCUCCCCCCCCCCAAAAAAAUACCCUUAAAAAUAUAAAGCAGUUCAUAAUUUAAAAUUAUAUUAUGUGCUUACCAAACUGUCUUCACUCACUCCAUAUUAAAUGUCUUCUGCUUCUUGGUCAUCAAAUAUUUAUUAGUGAGAGAACACUCUCAUUGUUUAUUUUGCACUCAAAAAUUAAAAAAUAAAAUUCAAUUAUUUUAAAUAAUCCAAAAUAAAUUGUGUGUUUGAAAAGGGGUCAAAGAAAAAGAUGGCUUUUUGUGAUGAAUGAAGACUUCUCUUACAGCUGGAAAAGGAGAACAUACACUGAAUUUGAAUAGCAUAAAAGGAAACACCAUUUCUCUAGUCCGUAUAUAGUUCAACGUUCAAGAUGAAAUGCUCGUUAAAAAAAUUAUUCAUUAAAAUAAAGAAUUUGUGUGACUAGAAACAUGUGGUGGUAGCAUCGCUUAAUGAAUUUCAAUGAAUUUUUUUAAUAUUAAAUUUUUUAACUUAGAUAUAUCCUUGAUUCUUAAUUUUCGUUUUCAUUAAAGCUAUAGAAUUCUCAAAAUAAUUUAUAUACUAUUAUUCUUUAGAAAUUGAUCGGCUCAUAUCACAGGUUAAUAUUGAAAUCUGAAUUUUAAUCAAGUUUCAGAAAAAUAUAUAUCACAAAAAAAAUCACAUAUAUCAUCACCAUGUGACACUAAUGCUGUAUGCGCAUUGUCUGAAUAUAAAGUUUAAGGCACAGUGAGAUAUUCAUACUUCAUUCAUAUAUAUAUAUCAUAGUCAUGUGACUUUCGAUCACGUUUUUGUACUUAACUUUGACACUGAGUAGAAAACCUGAAAUGGAGCAUAAACUAUUUUUCAAUCAAAAUAUUGUCUUUACGGGAGGUCAGUGGCCAAAUUCAUUAUAGAAGCACUGCUGGAAAGUGCAUCACGCAAUGAUAUGUUUAAUGUAAGUAAUAUUGUACAAAUGACUACAGUUUGAAUAUUUGUUUAGUUUUUGUUUUAAAAAAUGUAAAUAUACAGUGUGUGAUUUAUUUUUAAAUGUUAUUGUUUUAUUUACAUAUUUAUGAUGUUUUGUUUUUAGCAUUAUUGAGUGAAUUUCUUUGUUAGUCUUAUUCUAAACUUAAAUAAGUUGUUUUGUGCGUGUGAAACACAGCAUUUCCAUUUCGUAAUUACAUGAGAUUUAUCAGUUGAACAACAGGCGAAAGAUGUAAUGCCUUAAUGUAGCAUUUAUUUAUUAUUCUUCAAAUAAAUAUAUUCUUAUUUGAUGCUUU